GCCCAAACGAAGCGAACGCACAAGUAGAAGAAGAGCUACUGCUGCUCACGUUUCUACUGUGGAUAUAUAAAGUUGUUGGUGGGUGCAUGUUAAAUUAAGGUUGUCGAAGGUGGGUUGUCAUGGCAUCACGAUCAGGACCGCGCGCCACAGGAACUGACGGCAAUGACUUUCAGCAUCGCGAGCGUGUGGCACCACACUAUCAGAUGAGUGUGGCCUUAAAGUCAGAGAUCAAGAAGCUGAACAUCGCUCAUGCAGUGGUCUGGCUGCUGGUAGCAGCACAGGUAGCGGUCAACCAGCUGAACCUGGUAUCCCAUAAGGUGGUGGCCGCUCCAUACCAAUGGGAAUAUACUUAUCUCCUGAGCAUCAUACCUACAGUCUUCAGCUUCAUGGCUCUUCCCAAAAACAACAUCAGCUACCUGGUCAUCUCGAUGAUCAGCGCUGGGCUUUUCUGUGUCGCUCCCCUUCUGUAUGGAGGAAUGGAAAUGUUUCCUGUUGCUCAGCAGCUUUAUCGCCAUGGCAAAGCUUAUAGGUUUAUCUUUGGUUUCUCUGCGGUGUCUAUAAUGUAUUUAGUGAUGGUUAUUGCAGUUCAAGUACAUGGCUGGCAGAUCUACUAUAGCAAAAAGCUGUUAGAUGCUUGGUUCACCAACACACAAGAAAAAAAGAAAAAAUAAGAGACUGGUGGAGAGUAAUAGUGACAUGUCUCUCGUCCACCAUUUGUUUGUCUUUAUAUCGUCUUCUUGAGGGCUCUUUGAUCGCAUACGUUUUUAUGAUUACCUGAAUAACUCAUCGGAGCCUGAGGGGAUAUCAGAUUCGGUAAAGAUGUUCAGCUUUAAAUCUCCUCAUCUACUGGCUCCAGGCCCAGAUCAAGACCUCAGCGCUUCUGCCUUCAGGCUUAGGUUUGACCUAUUGGCAUUGUAAUCUCUCUCUGUUUCCACCACGUAGGCUACAUUGCAUUUCUUCCAGAUACUUCAAGUCUUAUCCACAAGGGAGUCAUUGGGAUCUAGACAUCCCUGAGAAAUAUAUCCUCAAUGAUGAGGUAUCCAGGGGGUGUGUAAAGACCCUCAGCAAUGUAAUCAAUUUAAAAAUAGUAAUGUCUAAAAAUAUUCUGCUCUAUUCCAAUUAUCAUUAUGUUGAAAAAUAAAAUCUUGUUUUUAAACACAGAAAUAAAAGAAAA